AUGGUUCGCCCCUUUAGUAGUCGCGAACCUGUACGGCGGGCCUACAGAGGAGAUUACGGCAGAAGGGACAGUCCUCCAAGGAGAAGAUCUCCAACAAGAAGAGCCAGAUCUCCACCUAUCAGACGGGAUUUUGAUCGUCGUAGUGUCAGAAGGAGAUCUCCACCUGUAGUGUAAGUUUCUUAUGAUAAAAAGUACUCUUCGCAGGAUGAAAAACGUUUAUUUUUUAUUUUAGGCGUCGACCAGCCAAGAUAGAUCCAAGAAAAUAUCUUCCACCAGUUAGAAACCCAGCAAAGUAAGACUUUUUUUUAAAUGUACACUCUCCUAGAUAUGUGGAUCCUCCAGGAAGGCCUAGAGUUGUAAGGAAAAGAUCCAGAAGUCCUUUGAAAAAUGGUUCUGUACCUAAAAGAAGUAGAAGCUCGGAUAAGAAGAAGAUAGACGAGGAUAUCAGUAAAUUGGAAAGAAAAUUGAGAUUUGAUCUCACUGACAUCUUUACUUUGUGCAUUCAUUCAGAUAAAGCUACACAUGUAAGUUAGAGAACACUUAUUGCUUAAUUUGUAUAUAAAUAUUGUGUAGAUAACAUGAUUUUUUAGACUGAAAGAUUGGAGUUAGUGCAGCAGAAGUUAGAAGAGAUAAGAAACGAGGUCGAUGCUUUGCCCAAGGAGAAGCUAGAGGAUUUGGAAUUGGAAGAAGUGGAUUGUGGUAAAAAAUUUAUGCCUAAAAUUGUAUAAUUUUCAGAAGAAGCGGCAUCUGGCGAUGAAAAUGACGACACAAAGUAAGUCCAAUACUCUUUGUGUGUAUCUUUUUAGAAGUAACGACGAGCGGGCAAUAAAGGACACCAACGACUAUGAUGAAGCCGACGAUAUUAUACUAGACCAGGUGGAGCAACCAGUGUUUCACGACGAAGAUUCCAAUGAUAACAACGUGCCGAAGUCGCCACCCGAAGAAGAUAAAGGAGGUUAGAAAAGUUUUACCAGGUCUACCUAUAUAAGAAUGGGCGUAGUAUCGUAACCGACCAGAUAUUCCGGAUAUCGGAUAUUGUCGUAUCGUAUCUACCUUGCUGUUUGCUGGACUGAAUUGUCAACCGUUCUACCGUUUCAGACAGUCUAAACGGCGAUCUCGGCACCUGA